AAAACCCUUUCUCAGAAUUAUAGUUUCCUUUUCUCCAUCAAUAAAACACCAUAGCUCGUCGAAUCGCCGGAGAUCUCUCUUCAAACAAAGUUACUAAUCAACAGAAAUCACUUUUUCAUCAAAUAAACUAGCGAAUCCUGCAUCGACGCAGAUGAAGAUCAAAGUAAUUUCACGUUCUUCCGACGAUUUCACUCGUGAAAGAAGUCAGGAUCUCCAGAGAGUUUUCCGGAAUUUCGAUCCAAACUUGCGAACUCAGGAGAAGGCAACUGAAUAUGUUCGCGCUCUUAAUGCAGCUAAACUUGACAAGAUAUUUGCGAGACCUUUUAUUGGAGCAAUGGAUGGACAUAUAGAUGCUAUUUCAUGUAUGGCGAAGAAUCCAAAUCAUUUAAAAGGAAUUUUUUCUGGUUCCAUGGAUGGAGAUAUCCGCCUUUGGGAUAUAGCAUCCAGGCGGACAGUUUGUCAGUUUCCUGGUCAUCGAGGUGCUGUACGUGGCUUGACAGUGUCAACAGAUGGCCGUCUUCUUGUUUCAUGUGGAACUGACGCAACUGUCAGACUCUGGGAUGUUCCUGUUUCUACUGAUGCGGUUUCAGAUAAUUUGUCUAGUGAUUCUGCUGAGCCUCAAGCCGUUUAUGUGUGGAAGCAUGCAUUCUGGGCUGUUGAUUACCAAUGUGAAGGCUCACUCUUCGCCACUGCUGGUGCUCAACUAGACAUUUGGGACCCCAAUAGGUCUCAGCCAGUAAACAGUUUUGAGUGGGGUAAAGACACAGUUAUAUCUGUUCGAUUUAACCCUGGAGAACCAAAUGUUUUGGCAACAUCAGGAAGUGACCGUAGCAUUGUGUUAUAUGACUUGCGGAUGUCAUCACCAGCUAGGAAGCUCAUCAUGCAGACUAAAACAAAUUCUAUUGCAUGGAACCCAAUGGAGCCUAUGAACUUCACAGCUGCAAAUGAAGACUGCAGUUGUUACAGUUACGAUGCUAGAAAGUUGAAUGAAGCUAAGUGCGUGCACAAAGAUCAUGUUUCUGCAGUGAUGGACAUUGAUUACUCUCCUACUGGUCGUGAAUUCAUUACUGGAUCUUACGAUAGAACUAUAAGGCUAUUCAACUAUAAUGCUGGUCAUAGCAAAGAAGUCUACCAUACCAAGCGAAUGCAAAGAGUGUUUUGUGUGAAGUUUACCUGUGAUGGAAGUUAUGUUCUGUCGGGGAGUGACGAUACUAACAUCCGUCUUUGGAAAGCUAAAGCAUCCGAGCAAUUGGGAGUGCUUCUUCCAAGAGAACGCAGGAAGCAUGAAUACAUGGAAGCUGUGAAGAGCCGAUACAAGCACCUUCCAGAGGUUAAGCGUAUUGUCAGGCAUAGACACUUGCCAAAACCAAUAUACAAGGCAUCUGCUCUAAGAAGAAUGAUGAGUGAUGCACAAAGGAAAAAAGACGAUAGAAGAAGAGCUCACAGUGCCCCAGGUACGGUUGUUAACAAGCCUUUACGUAAAAGAAGAAUCGUUAAAGAGCUCGAGUAGUUGUAUUAAAAAUAAAAUGAAAAAGGAGGAUGUGUAUGUUUUGUUUUUGGUUAAAUGGCAAAACCUGAUUUUGAUAUAUUUGAGAUUAAUGAUUGGUUCUAUUGAUUAAAAAAGAGAAUAUAAAUAUUUGUAUUUUCAAUUAUAUGCUAAUGAUUAAGAACAUUGAUCCCUGUCA